AUGUUAUCUUCAGGAAAGUUUCGAUGGUUAUGGCUGUAUUUAUUAUUUGGACAAUUGAUGAUAUCAUAUGUCAAAACAGCAUGGCCACCUUCCAAUUCUUCAAACGUACAAGUAUUGGGGAUCUUUGAAUAUCUUACAAAUAUUACUGAAUCUACUGUAUGGUCAGUUCAAUGUCGAGCAAUGUUCAUAUCAGCUAUAUUACUCUCUCAACAAUACAAUAUGACUAUUCAAGGACAGAAUAUCAGCUGGCAAGCAGUAGAAACUGGUGGUGAUCCAAUGACUGCUCUUGCAGAUACAUGCCAAAUAAUUUCAACUUCAAAUAUCGGUGGCAUUGUAGGAUCAGGACUUUCAAGCGAAUCGGUAGUUAUUGCUCCUUUUGCUGCAAAAAUCGGUAUUCCUGUCGUAUCAUACGCAUCAACUGAUCCAGCAUUAUCUGAUGGUAUUGUUUAUCCUACAUUCUAUCGUACAGUUCCAUCAGAUAAUACAACUGCAUUGGCAAUGGCUCAACUUUUCAUUCGGUUUAAUUGGACAUCAUGUAUCGUUAUCUAUCAGAAUGAUGAAUAUGGAACAGGUGGUGUACAAGCAAUAACUGAUAUAUUUAGUAAUCAGAAGUUAAUAGUUUCACAAAUGAUCAUGUUUGAUAUUGUGACUCGCACUAUUCGUGGUGACUUAAAAAGUCUUUUAAAAAAUAGUUCAAUACGAGUUAUUAUACUUUGGAUGGACUCAGCAUAUUCAUCUGUAUUUAUACAACAUGCACUUGAUUUAGAUCUUCUUGGACCACAAUUCACAUGGAUAUUAACUACACCUAUUUCAUUAGAUAGUUUUAAUAGCACAUCUUAUACUAAGUUAAGUGGAAUGAUCACUGUUGAACCAGUUCCAGGUGGUGCUGUAAAUGCUCCAAUAAACACAACAUUAUUAAAUGCAGCAUAUAGUA